GAAGUAACAGAAUUAUCACCGGUUGAUAGAUUCCCUAUUGGAGAUCUAAGAAGUCUGAGGAUUAAAUGUCGAUAUAAAGCGAGCAACUUAACCACGUUUAGCCUUCUUCAAAACAACACCGAAGUUGUCCGGAUGGAAUUCAACAAAACGAAGAAUCACUUUAUAACUUUAAAAAAAAUAAAUACUUUCUUUUGUUAUUCUCUCUCCUUGUCCCCUGGAUCAGAUUAUGGUGAGGUUGAGUGCUGGAAAAACAAACUCAAUUGCAGCGAUGCAACAUCGUACCAAUGUUCUUUAAAUGACUCAGAUGUUUCCAGUCCAAAGUAUCUGGAAGCGGUAUCUUCUGUAAAGAGACUGGUGUAUUUUGACCGCCGCAAUAAAUGGAGCAAUGACUCGGGAUAUUUGUGCGAGGCAAAUGCUGUGUUACCUGAGAAAAAAGACGUCACCUUUCAAUGGGAAAUUGGAAGAUAUUAUACAGAUAAAACAGACGAUAGAGUAGAAAGUGUGACUGUCCCUGCUUUGGACAAAUGUUAUACUGAGAUAUCUUCAUUCUAUCCGUGUAAUUCUUUGAAAAAUCCCGGCUCAUAUACAUUCGUCAAAUGUACAGUAUUUCAGCAGACACGAGAGGUAUCUGUCUAUUCCUGGACUAAACUUCGUUGCAACACCGGUUCUGUUACACAAUUCUCCAAAUGGGUUUUGGUCAUCAACCUGAUUAUUCUGCUUCUGGCUGUUGCAAUUUCCCGCUAGCCUCAUCCCGUUUUGCACAGAGAUUAUACUGAAACUUUGUAAAAUAAAUUUUCUCUUUUUU